AUGUCCUCCGCCACUUCUUUCUACGAGUUCCAGCCGCUAGACAAAAAGGGUGAACCCUUCCUCAUGACUGGCCUCAAAGGCAAAGUCGUCCUCAUCGUUAACACCGCUUCCAAAUGCGGCUUCACCCCGCAAUUCAAGGGUCUCGAAUCCCUCUACACCUCCCUCUCGACUACCUACCCUGGUAAAUUCACCAUCAUCGGCUUCCCCUGCAACCAAUUCGGCUCGCAGGAGCCAGGAACCAAUGACGAAAUCCAAUCCUUUUGCUCCGCCAACUACGGCGUCACGUUCCCUGUCCUGAGCAAAGUUGACGUGAACGGCGAAAACGCGGCACCUCUGUGGAAAUGGCUCAAGUCUGAGAUGCCCGGUAUCAUGGGCAUGAAGCGCGUGAAGUGGAACUUUGAGAAGUUUUUGGUCAGCGCGGAUGGAAAGGUUGUUCAUCGUUGGGCGAGUUUUACGAAGCCUGAGUCGCUGAGACAUGCGAUCGAGAAGGAGAUCCAUAAGGCCGAGGGGCAACCUGCGGAGCAGGAACCAACUCCCGAGGUUCCGACGGUGAAAUCUGAAGAUCAACGUCCUGAGGCUACACAGCCUUCUCAGCCUUCGCAGCUGUGA